AUGACCGAACUGUCCUUCCCCAGUCUCACGUUGCUCGCCCUCGGACUCACCUACCUGCUCGUCGCCCGGUAUAUCCGGUCGGUCUUGAGCUGGAAGGCCAGGUCGCGGGGACGGCCACUCCCACCAGGCCCCACACCACUGCCCAUUGUGGGCAACAUCUUUUCCGCACCAAAGACGAAGGCUUGGGAGGCUUACCGCGAUAUGUCCCAAACGUAUGGCGACAUCAUAUCCCUCCAAAUGCUCGGCCAACGGGUCAUGAUACUUGGGUCUGCCAAGGCAGCCCUGGAGCUCCUCGAGAAGCGGUCCGGAAACUACUCGGAUCGACCGGUGUCACCUAUGAUUGAAUUGAUUGGGUGGGAAUGGGACUUUGGGUUCAUGCCAUACGGACAGCCGUGGAGGCGACACCGCCGUCUCUUCUGGCAGCACUUCCAUCCAGGGGUCGUCUCCAAAUACCACGCCGUGCAGCGGGAGGCGUCCGCGAAGUUCCUCGAGAACCUGCUCGCGAGCCCGGAGCAGCUAGAAGACCACAUCCGGUACGCGUUCGCAUCGAGUGUGCUGAAGGCUGUUUACGGCAUCGAGGUAGCCGAGCGAGGCGACAAGAUAGUGGACACAGUCGAAACAGCGAUGGAAGGAGUCGCCGCGGGCAUGACCCCGGGGUCCUUCCUCGUCGAAUACCUGCCAUUCUUGCGCUACGUCCCUGAAUGGGUCCCUGGUGCUGGUUUUCAGAAGCGGCUGAAGAGGUGGCGAGAUGCGUCCCACACCAUGGUUGACCUGCCGUUCGAAGAGGCCAAAGAAGCGAUGAAGCACAACGAUCCUCGAUCCUCGGUCGUUGGCACAAUCCUGUCCUCUGCUACCCCCGGAGUCGAUGAAGAGCUGGCGAAGAACGUCGCUGCGAUAGCUUAUGCAGGUGGUGCGGACACAACCAUCUCGACCUUCCAAACCUUCUUCCUCGCGAUGUCACUCCAUCCCAAGGUACAGGAGAGAGCACGCGCAGAGCUCGCGGCGGCCGUCGGAGCCGACCGUCUUCCCGACCUGUCCGAUCGCGACGCCCUCCCGUUCAUCGACGCGAUCAUCAAAGAGUGCAUUCGGUGGCAAAACGCAGCACCCAUCGGCCUCCCGCACGCAGUGGUAGAGGACGACGAAUACGAUGGCUACUUCAUCCCCGCAGGCACAGUGACGUUCCCCAACGCAUGGGCGAUCCUCCAUAACGUAGAGGAGUAUCCCGAUCCAGACAGCUUCCUCCCCGAACGGUUCCUCAAGGACGGCCGACUGAAUCCAGACGUCAGGGAUCCCGCGACGGUUGCGUUUGGCUUCGGCAGAAGGAUAUGCCCCGGACGGUACUUCGCGGACGCGGCGCUGUUCCUCAACAUCGCGCGCGUGCUGCACGUCUUCGACAUCAGCGCCCCGCUUGACGUCGCCGGACAGCCCAUCCGCAUUCAGCCGAAGAUGAAGGACGGGUUCCUCUCCUAUCCUGAGGACUGCCGAUGCUCCAUCAAGCCGCUUUCCGCACGUGCGGAGGCUCUGAUUCUGACCUCGCCUGCGAAUGACGUCCCGUUCGAAACUUAG